AUAAUUUGAAAACUAUUUAUAUGAAAAAUGGCUAGAAAUCAGGAAAAGGCCAUGUCAAUGCUGUCGCGUUGGCGUGCAGCCCGUGAAGCCGAAUUUAGGGGUUCUUUACCUACUAAAAGGCCUUGUUCAGCUAAUGAUAUUAAUGAUCUCAACGAAUGUGAAAGAUGGAGGAACGAGUUAGUUAAAGAAAUAACUAAAAAAAUUUCUCAUAUACAAAAUGCAUCGCUGGGUGAAUUUAAAAUUAGGGACUUAAAUGAUGAGAUUAAUAAACUUAUCCGGGAAAAAAGACACUGGGAAUAUAGGAUAAGAGAACUAGGCGGACCUGAUUACUUUAAAAUAGGAAGUAAAGUACUUGAUCGAGAAGGAAAAGAAGUAGCUGGACAAAAGGGUUACAGAUAUUUUGGGGCGGCCAGAGAUUUGCCUGGCGUCAGAGAGCUAUUUGAGCCUGAGCAACCGAAAGUUUAUAGACGAACACGAGCACAAAUGAUGAAGCUCGUGAACGCGGAUUAUUAUGGCUACAGAGACGAGGAAGACGGCGUGAUACUUGAGUUGGAGAAAAAAGCAGAAGAGGAAGCGAUCCAGCGAGCAGUUAAGGAAUGGGAGGAAGAAAUUUCACACGGCUUUAUUGGUGAAGACAGUGAAGCAAGUGGCCUACACAGCGACACCGAGCCGCUUGUGAGGAGCGAAAUGAUCCCAGUUGAUGAAGAAAACCGUCUUUCGGAGCACAACGAGUUUGUCGGGUUUGUGUCUGUCCCUUCUCAAGACGAAAUCGAAAAAUAUUUGGUUGAGCAUCAGAAAAAAAUGUUGCUUAAACGAUAUGUUAAUGAGGAGCCUUACGACUUUGAAAUGGAUGCCAGUAGUAUUAGCAAUAAUAAUAAUACUUAA